UCACUGUGUAGUGUGGUAUGCGUACAUUAUUAUAUAAAUGUAGUUUCUGAACGUGCGCACUUAUUCAUCUUUCGUAGUUGUAUCGAUUGAAUAAAUAAAAUAAAUUCUUCGAGAUCCCUGGCUUGUGAACAGUGCUAUAUUUAUAAAACAAUAUGAGCACUACAGGAGAGCAGUUGACUUUAGCCAGGGACAUAAAGAGAGCCAUCGAGCUGUUGGAAAAGUUGCAACAAAGUGGUGAAGUCCCAGCUACUAAACUCGCUGCCUUGCAGAAAGUGUUGCAAAGUGAUUUCCUGAAUGCUGUUCGGGAGGUAUACGAGCACGUCUACGAGACUGUAGAUAUCCAGGGCUCGGCUGACAUUAGAGCUUCAGCCACAGCCAAAGCGACCGUGGCUGCAUUCGCAGCCGCCGAAGGCCAUGCUCAUCCGAGAGUUGUAGAACUCCCGAAAACCGAAGAAGGUUUAGGUUUCAACGUAAUGGGUGGUAAGGAGCAAAACUCCCCUAUAUACAUCUCCAGAAUCAUACCUGGUGGCGUUGCUGAUCGUCAUGGUGGACUGAAAAGGGGAGACCAGCUGCUAUCAGUUAACGGCGUGUCCGUGGAAGGUGAGAAUCACGAGAAAGCUGUAGAACUACUGAAGCAGGCUGUUGGCUCUGUAAAGUUGGUAGUGAGGUACACUCCCAAAGUUUUGGAAGAGAUGGAAAUGAGAUUUGACAAGCAGAGGACUGGUCGCAGACGAACCAACUAUAAUUAAAAAGACUCAUGCUUGAUGUUCAAGCUGUCUUGUCAUUUUUAGGAGCACUGGAACAAUUUGUUUUAGUAAAAUAGAUCCUUAUUGACAAGUGUCUUAAGGCCACUUGCACCAUCCCACUAACCCAGGAUUAACUGGUUAAACCAGAAGUGACCAGUAUAAUUUAACACUGGGUUAACACUUUAACCACUUAAACCCGGGUUAGUGAGAUGGUGCAAGUGGUGCUUAGUAUGUUAUUUAUUUGUUAAUAUUUGACCUAAUUUUGACAACUGCCAUGCAUAUUUUUUACAUGCAAUAUUUAUGCACUUUAAAUCAUGGUUCAAUAUUGGAUGUUUGCCCUGUAAAUAUGUAUAAGUGAGAGACACUUGAAGCUUCCCCACAAUAAAUUAAAACUGAUGCAUUUACUUGUAUGAGUUGAAAUGACCAGCUGUUGGUUUAUGAUUAUGAAGAGUUUGUCCAGAAUAUAGUUUGACAGGAGUAUGUUCAGGAUACAGUGGAUGGUACAAGAAACAGUUUGUACCAAUGUUGUGUUUGUGAAGUGAUAAUUCUCACUGGGUCACCCCUACAUCUGUGUGUGCAAAAUGGGUAUGACAAAUUAUCAAAUGAUUAUUGUUAAUCCCAUAAUCAAAACAAAUUUCACCUUUGGUCACACUUUUUACCUGGAGAGCUCUGUUUGCUCUUUACAUUGCUAUUUAGGCAUCCUUGGUAUUGAAAAAGAACAAUUAUAAUCAACUGUUAUUGAAUCUGUUGAAAAUGUAAAAAAUAGUAUUAUAUGCCUUAUUUAUAAGUCAGUAAUAGUUUUGUAUCAUUGAUGCCAAAUAUAUUUGACUCAAUUUACUAUAAAAUGUUUAGUUGUAUUAGAUUGAAUGCAUAUAUUGUACUCCUAUUAUGUUAGAUGUUAAGAAUAUUAUAACAUGUUAACUUAUAAUUUCUAAUCUACUCAAUUUAUAAGUCAUCUAUAAUGAUAUUAUGAAAUGGUACUUAAUUGUGUUUAAAUUAUAUGAGUUACACAAAUAAAACAGGAAAAUAAAGUCAUAA